AUGCAUUAUAAAGAACUUCUAGAAAAGUGUUGGGAUGAAAACCCAAAAAAAAAACGGCCAUCAGCUUCAGAAAUUUAUGAAACUAUUUCAAACUGGAAAACUGACGUUAAGAUUUUAUCUGAAUUUACAGAUUCUGAUAAUGAAAUAUGCAUAAUUUCAUGUAAUAUUGAUGGCAUGAUGGAUAAUGACGAUGAAAAUAUGAAAACAGAAUAUAUGCAAAUAGAUAUUGAUGAUUAA